GGGUUUGGAAAAGAUUCUUAAAAUGAUAAAACUUAUUGUAUGUAUGUAAUCAUACGACCCCUUGAUUAUAGAUUAUGAUAAAGGGCAUUUUAUUUAAAAGUACUUGUCCAAAUAAUUAUUUCGGAACACCAAAAAAAAUCAUUUUUAAAUCCAUUCGCAAUAAAAUACCAAUGAACUACCAUGAACGCCAAUUGUUAUGGGUAAUUAACUCAAAUACCGAUUUCGAUCUUUGUCAUUAAUGGCGGUCAUUUAUUUUAUUUGUUUAAAAUUCAUCGAAAUUUCAAAUUAGUUUCAAAUCCGCGUUCAAUAUGAACUACCAACGGAUAUUACGCAUAGCCAGUGGAUAUCUACUUUUUACGGGCUAUCAAAUUCGUACUUUGGAUGUUAAAAGUCAACGAUAUCGUGUAUCCUUAUGGAGUGUGCUGUACUUUGUGGGUCUCCUUGUCAUUUAUUUGAUUUGCUUUGGACAUCACUUCGAAGAAUCGGCUUUGUUAAAAAUCACCUUUGAUUUAUCACCAUUUCUGAAACAUCUACUGCUGUUUCAAAUAUGGUUAGGACUGAAAACUUUUGUUUUUUGCAUGAUUGAGUGGACAUUUUUGACAAAAGUUUUCAAUGGAUUGCUGGCGGUGUUGGUGGGCACAAAGGCUCCUCAAAAUGCAUCUACGGCGAAAAAAGUUAUCCGUGAAGAGUUAUUGACAUAUUUGAUAUUUUUCUCCACCCUUUUGGUUGCCUUUGCUUUUGGUUUAUACAUAGCCAUAGAAAUGAAAUUUGUAUUACCUCCCAUGGACCACAUAAUGAUUGCCUUGGCGUUAUUUAUACCCCACUUUAUGGUGGCUGGAGCUCUAAGAUUCCACACAUUGUCUCUGUGGCUUUUGCGAACGAAAUUAUCGGAAUACAAAGAUCAGCUGAUAAUUCAAGACCCAAUAAGCCAAAAAUCAAACGUAAUCGUAGAAAUUAUAAAUCCUGUUUUGAAAAAGGAUCUAGAGGAGAAUAGGAAUCCAAAUGAGGGGUUCUCAUCCAUGGAUGAAAUUAUUAAAAAUGAUGAAUUGGAAGUGAACAAGACACCAGUGGAAGAUAUAACUCCUAUGGAUAUUUAUCGAUAUGUCUCCGAAGGAGUUAAUGGCAUUGCCAGGUACUUGAGUUCCACCAAUAAAAUCCUUCAAAGACAAUUAUUAAUUUUGAACGGUCUCAACUACAAUUGCCUGCUCUAUGGCAUCUAUACGAAAUUGUAUUUUGAAAAAUCUUGGCAUCUCAUAUUUACCGAUCGCAAUCGCCGUGUCUUUUAUGCUGCUAAUUCGGUCAUAUUUGUUUGCAUAUUUUUGGAUUAUCUCCUUUUGACCAUGACGCUGUUGAGUUUUAGGAAAACGAAAAGUGGGUUUUAUAAGAUGAUCAAUAAAAAAAUUGAGACCAAAACAUUAUCAGAGGACAAAUUGACUAUUUUAAAAGACCUCAAACGUGGUUUGAAGAAAGAAAUGAAUUUAAAGCUGUUCAAUAUUGUCGACUUCAAAAUAUGGAACUUUGUUAUUAUUCAAUUACUGAUGUUACUGUCAAUAGCUGUCACAGUGUUAUAUCAAUAUUUUAAUGAUCAAAUUGUGGAACUAAUGCAUAUUGUGGAGAGCAGUAGCGACGAAUGAAACCAAUCCAGGACUAUAUUAAUUAAGUCUAUAACAUACAUGUAAAUAUUAUUUCAAAUUAAAAUCGUUAACACUACUGUAACUAUAACUUUGAUCCAGUAUCUGCAAGUAACCGUUCCCAUAACCAAAAAAGCAUAUUUAAUUUGACUUUUUCGGAUAUGACUUUUAAUAAUUUGGACUUUAAAUAUGGUAGAACUAGAAAUGUAGCCUCAUGUAAUAAUUUGUUUACAAUUUUUUAAACUAUACUUUUGACAACAUCUCAGUGAAGUCAAAAUUACAGAAAAUGCAGACCUGGAUAUGCUUAUUUGAAAUGACAUUACCUUGCAUUAAUUGUACCAUGCUGCUGGAAAUGAACUGCGCAAAAGAUUUGGAUUUUUUAUUUUGAAGGAUUGUAUUUUCUUUCUGUGUGAGUGCCUUUCAUGACCAUAGUUUUACUUGUUUUACCAAUAAAAUAAGUGCGGGAAUCAAAAGUAUUAAUGUGGCAAAUAUUUGUAAAUUUCUUUUUGGUAAUAAAUAUCUUACGAAUAAAAUAUAUGAGUUCAUGAACAACACAAUUGGAUGUGUUUAUUAAUUGUUCAAUAAAUAACUGUAAUACAAUUAAAAAUGUAUUACAUUUUUUGUUUUUUUUUUUUUUUUUUGAUUCACCAGCUCACCGACUAUUCUCUCUUUCUAUGGAUAUAUGUAGACACACAGUGCUAAACCACUAGAUCUUACAAUAAAUAUUAUUAUGAAUAAAUAUUUUAGGAAUAAAAUAUAUGAGUUCACGAACAACACAA